AGGUCCGUGUGCGCCGCGAAUUCUUCACUUGCAUUUCGAGCGCGCAGGCGACUGGUUGGAGCUACCCGUCCGAAGACAGACCCCAAGUGGAAGUACCGAAAGCGAGUGGCCCAAAGUAUUGGAGAUUUUUUGGAGUGACGCCUCUCGUGCGGUUUUGUUUUGCUUCGGACUUUCUGGCGGAGCGGAAACGAUUUCGGUGUGAAAAUUUGCAUAAAAUUGCGCCCGCGAAACCGACAAAGAACCCAAAAAGCGCUGAGGAAACCAGUUUAAAGCCUUUGGGCAGUUUUCAGGCUUGCAAAGUGCGUGUGAGACCCGUUGCGGUCCUGUGCAAUUUAUAUAACACCCGAAAAAAGGACUUCUGCCUCGACUUCCUUUGGUCCUACUCUCGCCCCCAAACUCGAUUAGUUUCCGAUUGCAAAAUGCAGCCCCUGAAGCGCUUCACACAAUGCGGCAGUCUGACCAUGCUCUUCGGCAUCUUCAUCAUACUCUUCGGGGUCAGUUCCACGGCCCUGACCACUUUUGGCAAGACCAACAACCAGCCGCCGCCCACGCACGUCCCAAUUGUUAAAGGACGAGAGUGCAGUGCCCACGACGAUUGCACGGCGAUAGAUCGCACCAGCUGCGUCAAGGAUCCCAAUGACUACAAGUUGCGUUGCCUCUGCGGCGACGACUCGCCUCCUUCGGCUGGCAGCUGCCCGGAUGUCCUGAAAGGCCUGCGUCACAAGUGCAACAGCAACAACGACUGCGAGGACGGAAUGGUGUGCCAGUACGAGAAUAGCAACCGCACCAUCGGAGUGGCCAAGUUCAUGUCCAGCAAGACCAAGCUGUGUCUCUGCGACAACGACAACGGAUAUGUGGAGGACAUCCUGCACGACAUCUGCAGCGGAGCCAAUCUUCAGGGCCUGGUCAGCUUCUUGGUCUCGAUCUGCUCGCUCCUGGCGCCAUUUUUGGUAUCCGCCCACAUGCGAAAGCAUUUCUAGAAGGCGAUCGGCGUAAGCGGAAGCGGAAGCGGAAGUCGUAGUUUGGCGUUUAUCUACCCCAGUGAUCCAUCAAAUGUGCCUCAGUGAAACCAACAGAAACAAAAGAUCAUCCCUCCCCUAACCCCCCACAUAUGAAAACGAAAUGUAAUCUUUGAAAGCGGAAAAAGAAAAAGAUACGAAAGAAAAAAUGAAAUUAAGAAAGUUAGAUACUCGUCGCCAUUAGCCUAAAAGUCGUUCUAUUGUAUAAGUUUCAUAUGUACCACCGUCAAGUUUAUUCGCUUCUCACGAAAAGUUGCGUUAUAUACAAUAUACAUAAUUAUAUUAUCUGAUAAAUGUUUUCUAUAGAUCCCCAAUCGACCUUAGUCAGUACUCCCUACACUAGACAGACAGAACUAACUUUAGAUCAAAUGUUUGGCACCAUUUUAUUGUAAUUUUAUAUGAGUGUACGUGUGUCCAGGAAAACCUAAUAAAAAUCUAUAGAAAUUAUCUAAGGAGAGGCAACUUUUCAGCAGCACUGUGAAUUCAGAUCGCUUACAUCGCAAUUACAAAUGUGAAACAUUUUAAUUUUUGUAUGUAUUCAACAUAAAUAGCUUUACGAGCUCACAGCCCAUAAUCGAAUGGAUAAAUAAUAUUAAUAUUAAUCAUACGGGAAAU